AUGGGUAAGAACAUUUCUAUGUUCACGAUUGGAGGAGUGGAAGUGCCAAUGACAAUCGAUUCGGGUGCCGACGCAUAUAUUGCCAACCGAGCUGUGUGGAAUCAGACGAAGGAAGCAGGUGUACGUGUACAGAACAUGUCCACAGUGAUCGAUCUAAACUUGUUGGUGUAUGCAUCAGCACAACCCAUGGAUAUUACAAGAGUGUUCAUGGCAGAGAUUGAAGCAGGAGGAAACAAAGAUUUUGCAAAGUUCUGUAUAGUCGAAAAUGACAAACAAUGUCUGCUGGGGGAUCGAACCGAUAAAAAGCUUAAAGUUCUAAAAGUCGGGUUCAAUAUGGGCGCAGUGCAGGAUCAAAGACUGAAACCUUUUCCCAAGUUGUAUGUAAUCGUUGAAAUACCGAUUAAUAUUAACGUGCAACCGGUGCAGCAGCCCUAUAGGCGACCUCCCAUCGCUCUUGAGCAUAAGAUAGAAGCAAAAUUGCGAGACCUUCUCCAGCAGGAUAUCAUUGAACGGGUUGACGAAUUAUUGAGCUUGAUGAAUGGUGCAGUACGAUUUUCGAAGAUGGACAUCAAGGACGCUUAUCAUCAAGUGGAAAUCUCAGAAACUUCAAGAGCCAUUACCACUGUCAACACCAAACAUGGCCUAUUCAAGUAUAAACGUCUAAUGUUUGGUGUUAGUUGUGCACCGGAAUCAUUUCAGAAGGUGAUGGAAUCAAUUAUUGCUGGAUUAGACGGGAUGAUCAUUUAUCUUGGCGAUGUUGUAGUCUACGAUAAAACCCAGAAAGAACAUGAUGAUAGGUUAAAUGCAGUUUUACAAAGAGUGGACGAAUACGGAGUACUCUUAAAUGAUAAGAAAUGUGUAUAUAAUGUUAGAUCAUCGCAAUUUCGUGGACAUAUACUUUCGGUUGAAGGUGUUCGUCCAACGGAGAGCAGAACAGAUGCAAUUUAG